AAACCAAGCACCGAACCGAGGCGGCCCGAUCGUUCGUGCUUGCUCCAAGGUGUCGCCAUCGGUCUUCUCCAGCAACGUGAACACUGAGACAGAGAUCUGAAAUCGGGAAGAAAGGCUCAUCCAAUUUCCCCAUCCAUCGGUAUCCAGGAAGGGAAAGAAACACCAAACCGUGUAAAUGUCGAGCGACAGCGAUGAUGAGGACGAGCUUCUCCAAAUGGCUUUGAAGGAGCAAGCUCAACGAGAUGUCAGUUAUGGCAAAUCUUCCGCUUCCUCCAAUUCGCGCAAGCCUGUCGCUAACUACGUUCAGCCUCCGACCUCUCAGCACAGGAAGGCUGCACCUGUGGUGAAUAGCAGUGGCGGGAGGCCGAUGCAGAGCAAGGGUAGUAGUGGGGCUCGGAAAGUUGUGGAUGAUGACGAUGAUUCCGAAGUGGAGAUGCUCAGCAUAUCUAGUGGGGAUGAGGAUUCUGCGAAGGAUCGAAAUGUGGGGUCGAGAAAACGAGGAGGUGCCUCCGGUGCUGCUGGUGGCAGAGCGGGAGCGCAGGAUGAUGAUCGGGCCUGGGAUGGUGGAGAGCCCGCUUGCUGGAAGCAUGUUGACGAGGCCGAGCUUGCUCGUAGGGUUCGUGGAAUGAGAGAAUCAAGAACAGCACCAGUGGCUCAAAAAUAUGAGCGUAAAGUUUCAGCAAAGGGUAGAAAGGGACUUAACAACUUGCAGUCAUUUCCUCGUGGCAUGGAAUGUGUUGAUCCACUGGGAUUGGGGAUCAUAGACAACAGAACCUUAAAGUUGAUCACGGAGUCUUCAGAUGAUUCUCCAAUGAAUAACAAAGAUCAUCUGGAUAGCACCCUACGUGAGAAGUUGAUGUAUUUUUCGGAGAACUUUGAUGCAAAGCUGUUUUUAUCACGGAUACACCAAGAAACAUCUGCUGCUGAUCUGGAGGCUGGUGCACUUGCAUUGAAAACUGAUUUCAAAAGUCGUACUCAACAGAGAAAGCAGCUUGUUAAGGACAACUUUGACUGCUUUGUCUCUUGCAAAACCACAAUUGAUGAUAUUGAGUCUAAGUUGAAACGGAUUGAGGAAGAUCCAGAAGGGUCUGGGACUACCCAUUUGUUUAAUAUUAUUCAAGGGGUUAGUGUGCAGGCUAAUCGUGCUUUCCAGUCUUUAUUUGAAAGACAGGCUCAAGCAGAAAAGAUUAGGACUGUCCAAGGAAUGCUACAGAGGUUUCGGACCCUUUUCAACUUGCCAAGUACAAUUCGUGGUAGCAUCAGUAAGGGAGAAUAUGAUUUGGCGGUUAGGGAGUACAAGAAGGCCAAAUCAAUCGCCCUACCAUCUCAUAUUCAGGUGGGGAUCCUGAAACGUGUUCUUGAAGAGGUUGAGAAAGUGAUGCAUGAUUUCAAAUCUACGCUUUACAAGUCUAUGGAAGAUCCGCAAAUAGAUAUAACAAAUCUUGAGAAUACUGUCAGGUUACUGGUGGAGCUUGAACCUGAGUCAGAUCCAGUGUGGCAUUAUUUGAAUAUACAGAACCAAAGAAUUCGUGGUUUGCUUGAAAAAUGUACUCUAGACCAUGAAGCUAGGAUGGAAAUUUUGCAUAAUGAGUUGCGGGAAAGAGCUCUUUCUGAUGCCAGAUGGAGGCAGAUUCAAGAAGAAUUAAGUCAAUCUUCAGAUAUUAGUGACUAUUCAAGUCUGGCCAAUACCCAUCCUUUAGUCCAAUCACAUCCAGUAGAUUUAACUGGUGAAGAAGUUGAUGCUUUUAGAGGGAGGUAUAUACGCAGAUUAACUGCUGUUAUCAUCCAUCACAUACCAACCUUUUGGAAGGUUGCUCUUUCUGUCUUCAGUGGAAAAUUUGCAAAGUCUUCACAGGUUCCAUCCGAAUCAACUACCAAUAGUUUAGCAAAUAAGACUGAAGAAAAAGUUGGUGAUAUGAAAUAUUCAAGUCAUUCUCUUGAUGAAGUAGCAGCAAUGAUAUGCAGUACUAUAUCACUCUAUGGAGUCAAGGUUACCAACAUCUUUGGUGAUCUCGAAGAAUCAAACAUCCUCCGGUCAUACAUGAGUGAUGCCAUAGAAGACAUAUUGAAGGCAUGCCUAGCUUUUGAAGUGAAAGAAGCUGCUCCUUCUAUUGCAGUUACUGCUCUCAGAGCACUUCAUUCGGAGAUUAUGAGGAUUUACAUUCUAAGGCUUUGCUCCUGGAUGCGAGCUUCAGCUGCACAAAUUUCAAAAGAUGAUACGUGGGUUACUGUAUCAAUUCUUGAAAGGAACAAAUCCCCAUAUGCAAUCUCAUAUUUGCCUUUAGCAUUCCGUUCUGUGGUGGCUUCAGCAAUGGGCCUAAUCAAUUCGAUGAUUCAGUCUUUAAGGAAUGAAGCAAGCAAGUCGGAGGAUACAUUUGCACAACUUCAAGAAAUUCAGGAAUCUAUCAGACUUGCAUUUUUAAAUUGUUUCCUGGAUUUUGCUGGUAAUUUAGAGCGCAUUGUUAGUGAGCUUAAGCAAUAUAGUCCAAGUAGGGGAGGCUCCCUCUUACCAAAUGGAUAUUCGCAUGAAUUUCAAGGAAAUGUGUCUUCUGAUCUUCAUGGAGGCGUUACUGAUCCCCAGCAGAAGUUACUAAUAGUUCUAAGUAAUAUUGGAUAUUGCAAGGAUGAACUAUCUUACGAGUUAUAUGGCAAAUAUGAGCAUGUCUGGUUGAAUUCCAGGGGUAAAGAUGAAGCAGAUAGUGAUGUCCAAGAUCUUGUCAUGUGUUUCUCUGGGCUUGAAGAGAAGGUUCUUGAACAAUAUACUUUUGCAAAGGCAAACUUGAUCAGAUCUGCUGCUAUCAAUUAUCUGUUGAAUUCUGGCAUUCAGUGGGGAGCAGCACCUGCAGUUAAAGGUGUGCGUGAUGCAGCAGUGGAGUUGCUGCACACAUUAGUAGCUGUGCAUGCGGAGGUUUUUGCUGGUGCCAAGCCCCUCUUAGAUAAGACAUUGGGCAUUCUUGUGGAAGGCCUGAUUGACACUCUAAUAAGCAUUUUCCAUGAAAAUGAAGCUACAGAUCUUAGGACUCUUGAUACGAAUGGAUUCUGUCAGCUGAUGUUGGAGCUUGAAUACUUUGAGACUAUAUUAAACCCAUAUUUUACAUCCGGUGCAAGAGAGUCCUUGAAAUCUUUACAAGUGCUUUUGGAGAAAGCAACGGAAAGCGUGGCUGAUAUUGUGGACAAUCCUGGACAUAAUCGUCGGCCGACUCGUGGCAGUGAAGAUGCAGCUGGAGAUGAGAGACUGCAAGGAGCAACUGUAUCACCGGAUGAACUCAUUGCUCUUGCACAGCAGUAUAGCUCUGAGUUGCUUCAAUCAGAGCUGGAGCGGACUCGUAUUAACACGGCAUGCUUUGUGGAAUCAAUGCCUUUGGGUUCGGUGCCAGAACCCGCAAAAGCUGCUUACUCUACCUUCAAGGGAUCAAUGGAUUCUCCUAGUAGAAAUUACAGAGGCACCAGUCACACUGGAUCCCCAAGUUUCUUUCGGAGACAACGAUGAAUAUUUUAGCAACCAUUGCCUUUGUUUUCCUGCUAUGUGUUGUUGUAAUUUUGUUUAUAUAGUUAAUAAUGGAACAUUGAACUCUUCUGCUUUGCUGUCAUUUUUUAUUUUUAUUGGUGUUUUUGGUUGGAAUGGGAGUUUUCGAUAAUUUGAGUUUUGGGCCCAAUAUUGUAUUCUGUAUAAAAGUUUUUCCCCAGCUAAGGUUGAUUUCUUUUUAGUUC